AGCGGACCCUUCACCAUGCAACCAAGAACUGUGGCGGCCGCGGUCGGAGGAGGAGCCCUGGCGGUGUUGGCGGUGCCCGUGGCCCUGGGAGCCCUGGGUUUCACCUCGGCCGGGAUCGCAGCCUCCUCUGUAGCCGCCAAGAUGAUGUCAGCAGCCGCUGUUGCCAACGGGGGCGGCGUGGCUGCCGGCAGCCUGGUGGCGACCCUGCAGUCGGUGGGGGCAGCCGGACUUUCCACAUCAUCCAACAUCCUCCUAGGCUCUGUGGGGUCUGCUUUGGGGGCUUGGGUGGGACAUUUGACAAAGAAGCCCGAGUCAGAGGAAGAUGAGGAGUCCACAUCAGAUGAAGAUGAGGAAUAAAGGCCUGGCUCCAUGUGUUCUGCUC